UACGUCAGAGCCCGCAGCAUGUCGGCGUUAUAAGUGAAAAAUAAAUAUAUUUUAAGAAGAUACGAAGAAAAUUAUUACAUAUUUUUUCUAGCGGUCAUUACGCAUUCAUUUCAAUGGUGGCCGACCGUAUCAGCACAACUUUCAGCUUUCUUCCACUCCAAACCCCCUCGUUAUCCCUCUUGUCCCAUCUUAAGCACUCCAGAAAAAAAUGUCUGACGCGAUUUGCAGCGAUCGAAAUGUCGAAGCACCUAGUACUCUAACCGAAACAAUAAUAGUGGACCCGGAUACUGGUUCAACGCAAAGUAGCCCAAACUUUGAGAGCAGUUCCAACAAAAUAGACUCGAAAACAGACGAAUAUUUGAAUAAUUACAUAAACGAGCCCUUAAAAAUCAUCGAGCCCUUUGAGAAUGAGGACCCGGUGGACAGAAUAGAACACAAAAGCUUUGAUAUAUCAGAGAAAAAUAGCCAAGAUAAGGAGAAUAGUAAUAGCAGAUCGAAGAAGUCAGUAUCUUUCAAUCCCAACGAUGAGCAAAUCCGAAAGUUUACAACAGGAAAGCCAAUAAUCGACCAGAAGAAUCCAUUUAAAAACGGUCAUGUAAACGGAAAGGAUAAGAAAACGCCUCCGCCAGUGCCAACAAAGCGCUCAACUCUAAGUAUACGAAAAACCGUUACGCAACAGCUACGCGAACGGGAGCGCGAAAAGGAGAAGGAGAGAGAACACUUGAAGAAUCAGGCAAACGCACGAAAGAAAAACGGAAAGGUCAGUUCUGGAACGGGAACUGGAACUACACCCGAGGAGUUUAUAACCACAGAAGAAGUCCUUAAGCAGUCCAAAUAUGUGAAAACCUAUAUUAAAAAUCCCGAUCCAUACUUUGUAUACGAUCCAACGGUAUUAGCACGCAUCAAGUUCGAAGAACUUCGUGAAAUCGCAGAGAAGCCUCCGAAGAGGAAGCAAACACAUACCUCGCAACAAUCUGCAAAUCGAACUAAAGAUUCAAAGUCCAAUAGGCUUUUUAAAAAUCAGGAGGCUACAAAACCCAAAAUACCCACUUUUAAAAAGUGCUCGAAGCCAAAUUAUCCCGAACUUGCUAAUUUGAAAAUCAAAAUAGGCACCGACCCCGACCCUGACGGCAAUUACUUUAAUCCAGCGGAGGUAACGAAGAAUGCGAAAAAGUUUGACGAGCGUGUAAAAAAGUUACAGAUUAGUUCUGAUGAUGAUCUCGACGAGAUUGAUGGUCCGCUAACGAAAAGCGAAUCGAGUGAUGAAUUAACCAACAAUUCAGCAGUUGUUCAACAUUCAGAAACUGAACAGCAGGAUACAUCAAAUAAUUCCAGUAUGUCUACAACUAACGAUCAAUCGCAGCCAGAAAAAAUUCCCAACGGGGCUGGCACCUUUACAAACACCAUAACAUCGGAGGAGUUUCAAGCGUAUCUCAAACGCAAGGGGCUGGCCCUUAUGCCCAAAAAAGAUAUGGUGCGUACCACACCCAAGCCUAAGCCUACAUUCCAAGCGUCCGACGAUCAUAGUAAGAGAGUCGCCGAGUCUUUGGCCGCCCUGCGUAAAGAUAACACCAAAAAGUUAUCCGUUCUCCAGCGUCUAUCUAACAGUCUUUUCGCUACGAAACGCAAAACAACACCGAAGAGCGUGGCACCGAAGCCCCGACUUAUUUAUAGUGAGAUCGACGAUAUCCAAAACUUUGAACCGCCAUCGAGCACGCAACGCGUUCUUUUGGAGGGACAGAGCUACCAUGGACCUCGCGGUCAGGCGAAACCUGCAAAUGGGGAAAUCAUUCCAAGAGGAAGAAUAUCGAGCUCCAGUUCAACACGUUCCCCAACGCAUGGCAACGGAUCAUGGCAAGGAAGAAACGGACAUUCGCAAUCCCAAACUAAUCCCAAUAAAAAGGUUAACAACCCGGCACAUAAUGAAUUGAGUCUUGCACCAGCAUCCGAAGAAAAACUCGAUAACAAUACAAAUGCGCCUUUCCAACGCACCUUGAUACGACAAAGCUAUAUUCCGAGACGAGUCCAGGCAGACAACAGCCUCAAGAUAUUCCCUCGAUCAGCUUCAAUGGAUAGAAAUCAAAUUAAUGCCUUUAGUCGGAAGAAUCGCUUAGAGACUGAGGGUAAGCAACGUCAGUCGCUGGCUUUGUAUGUAAUGCCUUCUGAACCAGCGAAGGAGGAUCGUUCAGAUCCCAUUGCCACAUCCACACCGCUUCGCAAGAAAUUAGAGAGUCCACAGCUCUUCCAUCCCACUAACAAUCAAAAUGAAUGGGAAAAACUACGUGCUAUUAAAGAAGUCACCGACAGACAACUUUAUAACAAAGUCCUCCAACAACAGCAUCAUCAGCACCAGCAGCACCAGCAGCUCCAACAACACCAACAACAGCAGCAGAGCGAGGAAAACAUCUACGAGCAUCUGCAGCCGAAUCAGCUAAUGCCGAUUCCCGCCUCCAUGCAGUCGUGGCCCUCGCAGCAAUACUUUGCUCGCGGAUCUCUACAACGGAACACCUUCUCAGGUAUUAGUGGGCGCAAUCGUCAGGUGAUGAUUCUAGAUGGUAAGCAGCAUGUGCCUGCAGCACCGCAAGCUCAAGUGCCCCAGCAGACUAUGACAGAUUCGCAUAUGAGUCUCGUUUCUCUGCCGCGUUGUCAGAGCGUCCUGGACGACUUCGUGUCCAGCCCUCAUAGUUCUCAGGCCCGCGGUCGCGGCUACGAGAGUGAGAGCGAAGCACCCGUUGUUUUGAGACGCAAGGAGGCCACUAGCUCACGACGAAUUGGUGGCCUGCUGACGCGUGAAGAAAUCAUGGAAAAGGUCAAGGAAUUCUGCCGCAAAUCCAUCCACAAGGCAACGCUGCCCGCCCUGAAAAUGCAACCAAUCUACGAGCGACAGCAAAACUUUGCAGAUAUCUCGCCCGUUUCGUAUGCUUCGGUGGAAACCCACAAGAGGCCUGCAUCCCAAUUGAGUGCAGCCCCUCAAGUGCCUCUAAGAGUGCAAAGCUUACCCCAACGACAUGUACAGACACCCAUCUACGCGCACGUCAAUAAGCGCGGAAGCUUGCUAUCAAACGACUCGGAACAAUAUUUAUCCAAUCAACAGUUGCCCCAGCGGGUGUUGCAACCCACAGAAUAUAUUAUCCUGGAGACCGGGGAGAAAUUGCAUGGAACAAAAGCGGCGAUGGAUCAACUUAAUUAUGGAGUAUAUGUGCAGCCCCAAUUCAUACGUUCCACCCCACAUGGCGCCUAUUUCCAUAUUGAAGACGCCGUGAUGCAGAAUGGACGUAGCACGCCUUUAAUAUUGGAUCGCUCAGCAGGUCAGCAGGCAAGUCAAAUCUAUUGGACGCCCCAGAAUCAGCGACUACAACAGUCGCGUCAUGUUCUCACGCUGCCUCCUAAUGCACGGUAUGCCGGAAAACAAAUCUAUCCAGUUCCUGCACCACGCACUAAUGUUCCUGGACGUGUAAUGACCAUGAAUGGCGGCCAAAAUCUGACCAAUGUCCAAAUACAACAACAUCAGCAACAAUACGCAACUUUUGUUGUGCCCGCACCAAGAAAUCUACAACAAAGACAACAACAGCAGCAGCAGCAACAACAGCAGCAACAACAACAGCAGCUACAACAACAGCAGCAACAACAACAGCAGCAACAACAACAGCAGCAACAGCAGCAGCAUGUGGUAGGAAAUGUCGAAAUACGCCACAACACAAUGGAUGGCAACAGUAAUGGGAGCGAGCUGUGCCGUAUAAUGGAAAAACCGCAUUAAAACAAAGAGUUAGGCCCGCCAUUGGAAGUAAAAAUGGACGAGAGCGGCGCAACCAUUAAAUCAAAAUUAUCAGACAGCAGUACCAACAAAAACUUAACGUCGGCUUCACAAGACGAAACUCUUUGUUCAAGCACAUCAAAUGC